AUGCCUCGUCCAUGUCGAGAAUCAUAUAACAACCAAAAACCACCAUAUUCUUACAUUUCCUUAACAGCAAUGGCAAUUUGGAAUAGUCCUGACAAAAUGUUAUCUCUAAAUGAAAUAUACAAGUAUAUCACAGACCGCUUUCCCUACUAUCGAGCUAAUACUCAACGAUGGCAAAACAGUUUAAGACAUAAUUUAAGUUUUAACGAUUGCUUUAUUAAAGUACCAAGAAGACCAGAUCGUCCAGGAAAAGGUUCUUAUUGGACACUGCACCCAAAAGCCUUCGAUAUGUUUGCAAAUGGAAGUUUAUUACGCCGUCGCAAGAGAUUCAAGCUACAUAAGAAUGAUAAAAACACAUUGGCGGAAGAAUUAGCCAGUCUGGCAAAUAUGAAUAGAUUUUCCAUCGAUCAACACUCUCCCGAAUAUAUUUAUAGUCGAAUUCCAACACCAGAGGACCUAAAAAUACACAGCUACCAACAAUCAAUCGUACCAACAAAGAAAUUAAUUAUUUCGCCAUUACCAACAUUUACUGUAAAUUCCACAAAAAGUAAAAAUAUAAAAAAAUCAUUUACAAUUGAAAGUUUAAUACAACCAGAUGAGAUAGCUGAAGAGUUAACAACAAAUGAUGGACUACUAAACGAACAAAAUAGUGUAAUUCAACAAAAAUUUUUUGAUUCGCAAAUGCAUCAAUUUCAAAAAAUAUUAAGGAAUCAUAUGAAUUCAAGAUUGUCACAAAUAUCAUUCCCGCAUAAUAGUAUUGAUUGUUUGAACUUACAAACUUUCAUGUACGGAUCUAACAAUUUUCAUUCGUCUCUAAAUUCAGAUCCAUACUUUGUCCAAAACGCUUAUCAUUAUCUUCAAAUGGAUCAAAUUAGUACAAAUGUAAAAAUUCCUUCAUUAACAAUUGCAUAA